CAAAAAAUGGAUUCCAUUUAUCAUACACUAGCCACAUCCACCCAGUCGACUCCUCCAUAGCGCGUUCCGGCGAUCUAGGAGACAGACGCGCGUGUCUUGCGGACUCGACGCAUUUUGUUAUCCUGCUCCGAAGGGUAUUUUUCUUACGUUUCUUUUUCCCUUGUUGCAUUGCAUUGGAUCUGCGAAAUGUCAUACUACGACAUUGAUUCCAUCCUCACUGAUGCAGAGAAAAUACCGUGCACUUUUCAGCUCGACAUACCUGACCUCGGGUAUCUUGACAACACUCCCACUCAACCGCUCAAGGCCGGUACUAAAGUCAACCUACCGCUCUGGCUCGCCGAGAUGCUCGCCAUAGCCAACACGGGAGACGUUGAGGGCAAGUCGUUUGUGACCUUCGACCUGCCUCCCGCUCUAGGAAACGACGUCAUCCAGGCCUUGAAGGCCGACCCUCGCGCCGUACCCCUCCGUGACCAAAGCGCACACUUCUACGGACUCGCGACACACAUGAUGGAGCUGUCAGAAGAAAGAGAAUUAGCUACCACCCUCCGGAAAACCUUUGUCACUCGGGCGUCCGAGAUUGCAUUACAUGCCCGCAAAGUUGGCGGCAUCGGACACAAAGGCAAGGCUGAUGAAGGGAGCAACCUCGGUGUUGGCGGCGCCGGUGAAGAGUUCCUGAGGGGCCUGGAUGAGUGGGAGCGGAAGCUCUUCCGCAAGGCGCACGACGGCGCGAAGGCGGGGAAGGAGUGGAUGGAGAGCGUCAAGAAACAUUGAGCCGCCGUCGAUAACACGUAUCGGCAACAACGUAUUUGACGCUCAUUCGUCGCCCCGAGAAGCUGGUGGCGUCGCGGUCAGUCUGUCGGGACCCUGUUACGGAGGCUGGCCGGACUAUAUCACGACAUGGGACAGCCCAUUUUUGCGCUCCUUCCAUGCCACCUCUGAAGAAGUCCCGUCUCCCAUCCUGGAUUGGGACUGUUCCAACCGUUUACGAGGUCUCGGAAUCAUCUGUUCUUUAACACACAGAGUGUGUCAGAACCUUGGCUACAAGCCAAGCACCACAACGCGAAGAAGGUUGGGCCAUUUGCGG